AUGUCUACCGAAAUAACAUUAACGGCUGAAGAGCUAGGGCGGCAUCAGUCGCCUGAUGACUGCUGGAUUGCGGUGCAUAAAAAGGUCUGGGAUGUGACCGAGUUUUUGGACGAGCACCCAGGCGGCUCAGAGAUCAUCCUCCAAUACGCAGGAAAAGAUGCAACGGCCGCAUACGAUGGCAUCCAUGCCCCUGGCAUGCUCGAGGAGACGUUGGCUCCCGAAAAGUUCAAGGGCACUUUCAUACCUGCCACCAGCGACAGUGCGCCGCCCGGCGCCGAGACCGAGGCAAUAGAAAUGCAACAAGCACCGGCCCCCUCAAACACACCCGCUCCUUACCGCAAACCGGAUCUCUUCUCCAACAUCAGUGCCGACGACCUGCGGGAUGUUGCCUCCCACACAUUUACGGCCAAGACAUGGGCGUUUUACUCGUCGGCGGCAACAGAUCUAAACACGCAUAGCUGGAACCAGUCGUUCCUGCGCCGCAUCAUGCUCCGCCCGCGGGUGCUGCGCGACGUUGCGCAAACUAGCAUGCGCCGAAAGAUUCUGGGUUACGACUCGGCCGUGCCCUUCUUCAUCAGCCCAGCCGCCAUGGCGCGCUUGGCACACCCGGAUGGUGAGAUGGCGCUGGCACGGGGCGCCGCGAGGGAAGGAGUAAUUCAGUGCAUCUCAAACAAUGCAUCAUACCCACUUUCGGCCAUCGUAUCGGCAUCAGAUUCGCUGCCGGCCGACGAGCUGCAUGAGCUGACGGCCCGGCCAAGGCAGACCUUCUUUUUUCAGCUGUACGUCAACCACGAGCGGCACAAGACGGCCGAUCUGCUUCGCAAAGCACGCGACCUGGGAAUCAAGGCCAUCUUUGUGACGGUGGACGCGCCGGUGCCCGGCAAGCGCGAGGCGGACGAGCGCAUCGCGGCCGAGGCCAUCGCGUCGGCGGUCAGCGGUGCCGUGGCCAGCAACGACAAGAAGGGCGGCGGCAUGGGCCGGCUGAUGGCUGGCUACGUCGAGAAGCGGCUGGUCUGGGAGGACAUUGCCUGGAUCAAGGAGGUUUCUGGCCUGCCCGUAAUCCUCAAGGGCGUCCAGAGUGCAGAGGAUGCGAGGUUGGCCGUCAAGUAUGGCUGCGAGGGCAUCAUGCUCAGCAAUCACGGCGGUAGGUCACUGGACACGUCGCAGCCAGCCAUCCUGCUGCUGUUGGAGCUGCACAAGUACUGCCCGGAGGUGUUUGACCAUCUCGAGGUUAUCGUGGACGGUGGUUUCCAACGUGGAUCAGAUAUACUCAAGGCCAUCUGCUUGGGCGCUACCGCAGUUGGUAUUGGGAGGCCUUUUCUCUACUCGCUUGCAUAUGGCGAGGAGGGAUGUGCGCAUCUGUGUCAGACGCAGGAGAUCGACCUCGAGUCGAUGAGGAAGCACGCCCUGCAUCUCCUCCGCUCCGGACAGCACGGCCUCGUGUACCUCGGCACCAACGGCGAGCUGGCCCUCAUCGACCGUACCGAGCGACAAGCCAUCCUCCAGAUGGGGCGGGCGGCAGUGUCCGAGGCAGGCCUCCCGGACUCGUACCCGUUGGUGGCUGGCAUCAGCGCCCAGAGCACGCGCGAGACGAUCCUUUGUGCAAAGGAGGCCAAGGAGGCUGGUGCAAACUUUGGCCUGCUCCUGCCGCCCAGCUACUGGGCCAAGGCCGUCAGCCAGGAUGCGCUGCUGGGUUACUACCGUGAGGUUGCGGAUGCCAGCCCGCUGCCGAUCGUUAUUUACAAUUUCCCUGCCGUCACCGGUGGCAUCGACCUGGACUCGGACCAAAUCGCCACGCUGGCCGAGCACCCCAACAUCGUAGCGGUCAAGUUCACAUGCGGCAACGUCGGCAAGGUGGUGCGGCUGGCGUCCAAGUUCUCCCCGGCGCAGUUCUCCGUGUACGGCGGGUCGGCCGACUACCUGGUGCCGACGCUCGAGGGCGGCGGCGUCGGCUGCGUGACGGGCAUGGGCAACGUCUUCCCGCGCGCGACGGCAAAGGUCUACGACCUCUGGGUCGAGGGGAAAAGGGACGAGGCCAAGAAGCUGCAGGAGCUGGUCAGCAACGCCGAGUGGGCCUGCAAGAAGGGGCUCGCGCAGACCAAGUACGGCGCUUGGUGGUUCGUCGGCAGGAGGCACCUCGGCAUCGAGGACAGGAUGGUCUUUGCGCCGCGCAAGCCGUAUCUGGAGGUCGGUGAGGCCAUGAGGGAGUGGACCGUCAAGACCAUGAGCGUGUUGCAGGAAGCGGAGGAGGCGAUUCCGUUGAGGGGUUGA